AUGUUCUUCCUCCACAACCUCGAACGGCGCGUCACGCUACACCCGUCGUACUUUGGGAGGAACAUGCACGAGCUGGUUACAACGAAGCUGGUCAAAGACGUCGAGGGAACAUGCGCGGGCGACUACUACAUCAUCGCCAUUAUGGACACAUUCGAUGUCUCCGAAGGUCGCAUCCUGCCCGGCAGCGGCCUGGCAGAGUUCACCGUGGGCUAUCGCGCCGUGGUCUGGCGACCUUUCAAGGGUGAAGUGAUUGAUGCCAUCGUGGACACUGUGAACCCUCACGGAUUCUUCGCUCAGGCCGGUCCAUUGCGCCUCUUUGUCUCAUCACAUUUGAUGCCCGACGAAAUCCGAUACGAUGCCAGUGCCACCCCGGCGCAAUUCACCAACGAUGCUGAUAUUGUCAUCGAGCAUGGUACACACGUGCGGGUCAAGAUUAUCGGCUUGCGAACCGAGGUCGGCGAGAUGUGGGCUAUUGGCAGCAUCAACGGCGAUUUCCUCGGAUGUCUGCAACCAUAG